UCAGCCAGAAAGAAUGCAAUUUUAUGAUUUGCAGCAACAUAGAGGGACUUGAAGGGCAUUAUGCUAAGUGAAAUAAGUCAGAGAAAAACAUACUGUAUGAUAUAUAUGUGGAAUCUAAAAAAAAAUACAACUAGUGAAUAUAACAAAGAAACAGACUCACACAUAUAGAGAACAAACCAGUGGUUACUAGUGUAUGUGGGGGAGCAGGAGGUACAAAGUACUGAGUGUUAAGACAGGCUCAAGGAUAUACUGGACAACAUGGGAAUAUAGCCAAUAUUUUGUAGUAACUGUAAAUGGAGUAUUCCUUUUACAAAUUUAAUUAAAAACUUUUUUUUUUUAAUUAAAAACUUUUUUCAAUGAAGCUGUCAGGGUUGACCUGAUAGCACACUUGGCCCAAGGUGACCUCAGUGCACAGAGCCUGUCACCCCAUCCACAGACCCUGGCCACUCCCCGACCUGUGCUACAGGGUCUCACACUCGGCCCCACAACCCACUUGCUGACCUCGGAGCCCUCUGCCCCUGUCCACCAUACCAUCUUAGACACCUCCCUAGGCUGCACUCCUGGAACACCCCUCCCCCUCCCCGAGGCCUGAACUUCACAUCCUGGCAGGAGCUUAGGGGGCCUGUCCCUGCCAAGCCCAGCCCGUGGGGCAGCAGUAACCUUCCAAGUUCCUGGUCACUGCCCACUUGUCCUCAGCUCCAGGUGAGCCUCUCCACCUUCACUGCUCCCCCAACUUCACACUAUCAGCCAGGCCCACUGGCUCCACUCCAGCCCACCUGUCUCCAAAGGGUCUGCAUGGGAGCCUGGCCUGGGGGAAUAUAGGUCCUGGAAGGCCAGGUGGGGGUCUUUAUUUGGCUCCUAGGACCCGUCUCCCUAGGACCCCUGAAAUACCUGGUUGCUCAUAUCUCCCUAAUCUGGAAGGAGGUUCACAGGAAGCUGAUCCUGUCUGGCUCGUGACUUCCUGAAUGUGGGCCGACAGGCAGAGUGCCCCCAGCCCCUGUAGGUGCAGCUGGACAGCGCUGACUGGACGGGGUCAGUGGCCCGCUGGAGACAGUUGGGAGGGUUGGGAUGACUUGGGGGCAUCUUUCCUGUCUGCCCUCCUAGGAGAAGUGACAUAGAGGUGGGGGUGGGGGACGCCCCCGUGUGUAUUCAGUCACACCCAGUGGAGAGGCUACUUUGUCUGAUUGAGGAAAACCUGCUGUGCCUUAGAGGGGGCACCACCCGCAGGCGUAUCUGGGUACACAUGGGGUGGCCAUGUGUCCUCACUGUACCAGGACCACACACGAGGGUAUGUGGUCAGGGUCCUGUUUGCACCAGGGUCCUGACCCUGUAUGUGACCACAGGGUGUGUGUUAUCUUGAACUGUAUCUGACUGGGGAGGGGCCGCUCUCCAGAUGACAACCCUUGAGAGUGCCACUUCCCAUGUCGGGGAGACAUACUGGAAGGGACCUCCUUCCCUCCUACUUUACUGGGGAAGGGAAUCAACACCAAGUGUCCAGGCUGCAUGCAGAGGGGGUGCGGAUCCGAGGGUGGGGAAGGGGUCCUGUCCCGGGGGAGUGUGCAGGGGGCCCUGCCCAGCCGCACGAAGCCACACGCGGGCCCCUGACCACCUCAGGCCUCUGCCUGUCUCCUUUCACAGGUCCCCAUGCCCCUGACCUGUGGACCCGGCAGUGGCCACUCCCAGCUAUGGGAACCCCAACAGCCGCCUCUCCACAUCUGCCUACCAACGCCGGCCUGAAGGGAGGGAAGGGCGCUUAUCCCACCCCAGCUGAUGACUCAGCAGGAAUCCUCUUGGCUGCUGACCUCUGACCUGAGACAGAGCCGACAAAGCCUCCAGGCAGGGCCCUAAGGGCUCUAGUGGGCUCCUGAACCAGGGACCUCCAGCGGAAGUCUUUCCCGAGGGCAGGCCUGGGGUUUUAUCCGGAGAGAGGGAUCUGGGGCACAAGGUCCGUGUGAUGCUGUCCCCACUGCCUCUGCCAGUCUGAGCACACCCUCCUGACCUUCCCCCUCACCCAGGAGAAUGAGCAGUAAGAAGGGGGGAACCAGAGCUGCGCCAGGGAAGUCCUUCCCCAGAGCCAAGCCAUGGGCCCCUGCCGGGAAGCCCGGAGAGAGCCGCCGGCCGCAGAGGGAGACCGGCCCGCCGGCCACGGGGCGCGCGCCCCCCGAGCGCCCGGAGGCUCCUGCAGCAGGGCCAACCGUGGAGGACCGAGCAGCCACCAUCAUCCAGUGUGCCUUCCGGAAACUCCUGGCGAGAAAGGAGCUGGCCCGCCGUCAGCAGGAGCACCGGGACUACCAGGAACUGAUGGAGAAGCUGCAGAGGGAGGCCUUCGUGGCCCAGGUUCGGCGUGAGCAGGAGGCGGCCCGGCGACGGCAGGAAGAAGCGGCUGCGGCCGAGCGGCGGCGGCAGGAGGAGCGGCUGCGAGGGGCGCGCCUGCUGGAGGCGGCCUUCGACGGGAACCUGGGCGAGAUCCAGGCGGUCCUGCGGGAGGUGGACGAGCUGCUGACCCGCGAGGGCGUGGGCUGCGACGCGGCGGGGAUGGCGCGGCGGCUGCAGUGGCGCUUGACCCUGGUGGACUUUGAGGACAGCGGCGGGAACACGCCACUGUCCGAGGCGGCGGCGGGCGGGCAGCCCCUGGCCAUCCAGCUGCUGGCUGAACAGGGCGCCAAUCCCAACAGCAAGGGCGCCUUCGGCCGGACCCCACUGUACCGAGCGGCCUUUGGGGGCCACCUGGAAGCCGUGGAGGUGCUUCUGAAGCUCGGAGCUGACCCCCGGGUAUAUGCGGACGACGGGAGCACCCCUGAGCAGGUGGCCUCACUGGACACGGUGGUCAGCGUGCUGCAGUCAUGGGACCUGAGCCUCACAGACGCCAUGCUCCGGAACAUGGAGGCUGAGCGGGAGCGCCGGGCGCAGGAGGCCGCACGGCACAAGGAGGCGGAGGCGCAACGGUGCGGCGAGCGGGAGGCGGGGGGCUGGCCUGGGGCUGCUCUGACCACCCCCCUCCACCACAGCAUGAACCUCAAAGUGCAGCAGCUGGCCAAGGAGCAGCAGCAAUGUCACCAGCAGCUGCAGCAGGCCUACUGCGAGCUCAACCGGAGGAUCGCGGAGCAUGACAAGUGUGAGCGGAGGGGUGCGGGCCUGGCCGAGCUCACGCUGCAGGCCAUCAAGGAUGCAGAGGAGCAAGUGGACAGGCUCCAGCAGGAGGCCCAGAAGGCAGAGGAGGCGCUGGCCCUGGCCAGGCUGGAGCUGCGGGAGCAGACCCAGGAGGCGGAGGAGGAGGUGCCCGGGCUGAAGUGCCAGGUCAGCGAGCUCCACGACGUGCUGAUGAAGGAUGUGGGUGACCGCAUCCGCGCAGACGGCAGGUGGCCUCUUGUCAUCGACCCUUCAGGCCAGGCGGCCACCUUUCUGCGCUAUCAGGACACCAACUACAUGGACGCCGUGAACCCCGACCACCUGCGGCCAGAGAGGAUCCGGCUGGCGCUGCUGGGGGCGCUCAGGUUUGGGAAGCCGCUGGUGUUUGACCUGCACGAGGUGGAUCUGUUCCCGGCCGUGCAGCGGCAGCUGGAGGCGGUGCAGCCAGGCCUGGCGCAGGAGCUGCUGGGCCGCGGUCUGCUGGAGCAGGAGAGGUACCUGUCACUGCUGCGGCCGACUGAUGGGCCUGAGUACGGCCCCAACCAGUUCCAGGAGGUGCGCCUGCAGCACUUCCGCCUCUUCUUCGUCACCAAGGUUCGGUGGCCGCCAGCCGAGCAGCUGCAGGUCCUCCUGCCUGUGCACGUGCAACUGCCGGGCGGGGGCCUCUAGUAACCCUCCCCAAUAAAGGGCCCGCCCCCGGGCGACGUGUG